CUUGCCACUGUUCGGUUCCCACGGGAGGACUCUCAGGGACUGACGACGCCCAGCACGCCUUGCCCGCUGGACACACGGCUAAAGUUCGAGCAUUCCACAGGACUCAGCGGGGUGCCUGUCCCGCGUGGAAUGAGCCCAGCGCUGGGCUUGCGUGGGCCGGAGAUGCUAAUUCCACCGCGCUGCGAUGUACUGCACGCAGUCCUUGAUAUUAAACCCGUCCCUGUCCAACCUUGUUUCAGGGCUUCUUUUUCGCUCCUUUCCUUCUGCUCCGCUUCCUUUUCCCUUUUCCCUCCUCUCAUUCUUUCCUGAGUCUUGACUCCUCCUCUCUCCCGCCAACAUUUUUCGCCACACUCUAUCUCAACCACGCCAGCCUCCGCCAGCCAGCCAGCCCCCACCCCGGCCAGAAUGGAUGCGUAGGCCAUCGACGCCAUCGCUUCCUAUCUCCUCUUCGAUCGAUCUUCCCUGGUCCCUUGAUUCUUCUCACCCCCCACCAUGGAGAUUUCUUCCCCUCCGCCGAGAGACGAUGACCACAGCACCGGUCGCCGAGUCCGCGAGCUCUACCGUUAUUUCCGACCCGAACGGACCGGCAGCUUUCAGGAUCGCUAUCGGGGCUCUUCAUCGGAGGAUACACCACCCCCAACCUUUUUAGAUCCCUCGUUUCCACCGCCGUCCCCAUCGUUAUGCUCACAGUCGCUAUCGUCGGGUCCCGCCAUCGGUCCAGCGUCUGCGGGGCUAGUGCCCGAGGCCCUGGUCCUGGGCGACCCUAAUGCGACUUUGACAUCUUUCGCGCAGCUUGCCGCCUUGCGUCUGAAUGUGGAGCGUGUGUUGAUCAGUGUUUCGGAUCGCCAGUCGCAGUUCAUUCUAGCCCAAAGCACACGCACCGGUGGGGUCAGUGACUAUGAGACCGCCGGUGCGGGCGUCUGGAAUGGGUGCUCUACCAUCUCUACAAACGCCUGGAGCAUGUGCAAGGUAGGUGCCUACUCGUCAGAGAAGUUCGUAGAUCGGCUACUCAACUCUGCGUUACGUCCUUCGUUACAGGCCACUGUUUCUCUACCGCCCACCAACCGAGAACGGGGACAGCACAGCUUCCUCGUCAUCAACGAUCUGCGCGACGAUGACCGCUACAAACGCCUCCCCUUGGUGCAGGGGGAGCCCGGCUUUCGGUUCUACGCGGGCACGCCCUUGACGACCGAGACGAACAUCAACAUCGGCUGCUUUUUCGUUCUGGAUACCAAACCACACAAUGGGUUGGAUGAUGCGGAGAAGGAAACCCUCGGGUCGUUGUCGCGAUUGAUUAUGGACUACCUGAAGGUCAGCCGCCAGGCCUCCGAGGGUCGUCGCGCUGCUCGGCUAUCCCGGGGUCUGAGCUGUUUCGUCGAAGGCAGUUCCAGCUUCGUGGACGCGACUCAUCCGGCCUCCGUCGGCUGCUCGGCAUCGGUGCCUAGCCCCCCGCCCUCGUCGAGCCAGAGGGCCAACCAUCUGUCUGUGGGCUCGUUCAACAGCUUUGACGUGCCGUCGCGACGAUCUCACAGCUGCGACGGCCGUUCCUUCAGCUCGGCGUCGGAUUCCAAGGCCGACCAGGGCGUCUCGUCCGGGCCCGACACGCCGCUCCCCGAUUGGUGGUCCGGCAGCCGCCAGAAGGAGCUGAAUGGACUGGACGAGUCGCAGGGGCACACCUGGGCGUUCCGACGAGCGGCUAACUUGAUCCGAGAGAGUCUGGAACUGGGCCCUGAGGGCGGCGUCAUCUUUGUGGAAAACAGCAACAGUCCGAUGAUGGACGCGGACACGGGGAGUGAUUGCUCGGUGGAAGGCAACAAUCCCGCGCCGGUGCUGGCCAUUUCCACCAACGACGAGCCGUUUGCGCCAGGCCCGGGCUCCAAGGUGCUCUACCCGGCUGCAAAUCUGGAGAGCUCGUUCCUGCAUCAGCUCCUGCGUCGCUACAGCAAGGGCAAGCUGUGGUCCUUCCAUCGCGACGGAAUGAUCUCCAGCUCCGACGAUGAAUCCCCGCGGCGGAGUCGCUCCCGGGCGCCCAAGGGGCCUGAGAUGGGCAAAGGCGGGUCGAAGAAGUGGAAGUCGAUGGAGAACUCCAUGCUGAAUCUGUACUUUCCCAACGCGAGCCAGGUGAUUUUCGUGCCGCUCUGGAACUCCGCCAAUUCGCAGUGGUUUGCGGGGUGCUUCUGCUGGAAUACGGAGGAGACCCGCGUCUUCAGCUCCUCGGUGGAACUGAGUUCGAUCCUUGGCUUUGGGUCUUCGAUCAUGGCCGAGUGCAACCGGGUUGAGUCGCUUAUUUCCGACCGACAGAAGGGCGACUUUAUUGGCAGCAUAUCACAUGAAUUGCGAAGUCCGCUGCAUGGUAUCUUGGCGGCUGCCGAGUUUCUGAACGGCACAAAUCUGGAUGAAUUCCAGGGCUCCCUCUUGGAGACCAUCAAUGCGUGCGGGCGCACCUUGCUCGACACGAUGAAUCAGGUGCUCGACUUUAGCAAGAUCGUGUCGUUGGAACGGACGUAUCGCAGCCUGAAGCGCAGCAAAACGUCACCUGCGGAGCUCAAGGGUCUGGACCGGUUCUCCGCCCACCUCGACACGUAUGUGGCCACGGACUUGGCUCUGUUGGCUGAAGAGGUGGUGGAAGGCGUGUGCCUGGGCCAUGCGUAUGGCCAGCGAUCGGCCGCCCCGUACGAUCAGCCGGUGGUCUUGCCGUUGGCGAUGCGAGGACCGCGGAAGCCUGACCCCGAGACCAAGCCGAAAUCUCGGCCGGAGGUGGAGGUGGUCAUGGACAUUGCCCACAACGACUGGGUCUACAAGACGCAGCCCGGAGCUCUGCGACGCAUCGUCAUGAAUGUUUUUGGCAACGCCAUGAAAUACACACACAGCGGUCGCGUGUCUCUGCACCUGGAAGUCACUGAGGCGUCGGAGGGUCGCGCGCGUCGGCACGGAAUCGAGGAGCUGGUCACCUUGACCGUGUCGGAUACCGGCAAGGGCAUCUCGGAGGAGUUUCUGCGCGGCCGGCUGUACACGCCGUUCGCCCAGGAGGACACGCUGGCGGUCGGCACCGGCCUCGGCCUCUCCAUCGUCCGGAGUCUCGUCAAGUCGCUGAAGGGCAGCAUCCACAUCCACAGCCGUCCGGGGGAGGGGACAAUCGUCAAGGUCUCCCUGCCUCUGGUGCGACCCGGCCCGGAGUUGGAGCUGGAAGAACCCGUCCGUCCUCUGUCGCCCACCAGCACCGAGAAGGAUGCCUUGACAGAAAGCCGUCUCCUGCGCGAGACCCAUGUCGGCCGCCGCGCCGCCAUUCUUGGGGUGGACCCUGCCCAAGCGGCCUCGCAUCCCCUGUGGUCGAUCUACUCCCGCUAUCUGACUGAUUGGUAUGGCCUGGAGUUGGUUUCCUGGCCAUCCGGCACGCCCGUAGAUAUCGUCAUGGCGGAGGAGCAAAGCUUGGCUGAUGUCCUCCCCGAGGUCGACGCGGCUCUCCCUUCGCUGCUGAUCCUGUGCAACAAGUCGGUUGACUACACGGUGGCGCGCUCGCAGUGGUCUUCCCUGGCCAACGUGGUGAACAUCGUCCGUCGUCCGUGCGGGCCGCACAAGCUCGCUCGCAGCAUCCGCAAAUGCCUCGACACGCAGGUCGAAGAGGUUUCCACCCACACGUUUCAGCUACCGGAACGGCCCCGCAAUUCUACUUUGUCAUCGGCUGGUGAUGUGUCGCCGGGCGAAAAGUUGUUCGGGAUCACGACCGAUACGUGCGAACUGGCUCCGGAGAUGACGACCAGCUCUGGAUCGGCCUCGUCGAUCGAUUAUCCGCGCUCGCGGACUUCAUCGGAUGGCUUGGAGCCAUUGUAUGCCACCACCUCUCCACCGCUCCCGAUCCGGGCCCCGUCGCCAUUCAAAGAGGUGAUAGUUCCGGAGACGCAGCGGCGGCCGCGCGUCCUGGUGGUCGACGACAACAGCAUCAACCUGAAUCUGAUGCUGACCUUUAUGAAGAAGCGCCAGCUGGCGGCAUUGGACUCGGCGGAGAACGGCAAGUUGGCUGUGGAUGCGGCUGAACGGAUGCAACAAGGCUACGAUAUUAUCUUCAUGGAUAUGUCGAUGCCGGUGAUGAACGGGUUUGAAGCCACCCGUGCAAUCCGGGCCAUGGAAAAAGAGCGCGGCUCGAGCUGCAAACCGGCUGUGAUUAUUGCGUUAACGGGGCUCAGCAGCUCACGGGACGAAUCCGAGGCGCUGGCUUCGGGGGUGAAUCUGUUCCUGACCAAACCAGUGUCGUUUAAAGAAGUGUCGCGGUUAUUGGCUGAAUGGGAGGAAACGGGGCUGGAGGGUCGGCGUUUGUCUGGGAACUAAAUGGUUGCUUCUGGAGGCUGGAGGUGGGAUUGCUCCGUACACGGAUAUGAUGCAUGAGUGAUACCCUGGCGUUUGGUUUGCAUGGAAUGGACAUCUACAGUACAUACAGUACAUAUACAGUACAUAUCUAGAUGUGAUUGAGUGGGCGUCCCUGCAUAGCAAUGACUCAAAUACGACUUCAGAG